CCUGUCUCCUAAAUAUUCAUUUGUUCAGCUUUGUACGUGAUGCGUUAUGAGUUAUUUUUGUAGUUAAUUAUCAAUUAUUUACUUUAUAUAUAAGAGCCUUGUAGUCCUCUUUAAACGGAAACAUAUAUAAAUCGAAGUAUAUCAUAUCAAUAUAUUAAUUAUUCUUCUCUAUCACAUAUACACAAAUUAAAUUAAACAAGUAUACAUGGGGACAGAAGGCAUGUACAAGAGAAGGUAUGCAUUACUAUUAGCAUCAAGAGACUGGGAGUAUGUAAUGAAGGUGUAUGGAGGGUAUCUUAAUGUGUUCGUUGCGGCUUUUGGUGAAGAAGAAGAGAGGUGGGAUAGGUAUAGGGUUGUUGAUGGGGAAUUUCCUGAUAAGAACGAGCUUCAAGAGUAUGAUGGGUUUGUUGUAAGUGGAAGCCCAUAUGAUGCUUAUGGAGAUGACAAUUGGAUCCUUGAGCUUUGUUUACUCUUACAGACCCUAGAUUCAAUGCAAAAGAAAGUCCUUGGCAUUUGCUUUGGGCAUCAGGUUUUGUGUAGGGCAUUAGGGGGAAAGGUAUGGAAAUCAAAUAGUGGCUGGGACAUAGGUUUACGAAAAGUGAGGAUUGUCGAAGAUUUCUCUGCGUGUUGUUUUCUUAAAACCAUGGCUGAGAUACCCCCGGCCUUGUCCAUCAUCGAGUGCCACCAAGAUGAGGUUUGGGAGGUACCUAAAGAAGCACAAGUCAUAGCAUAUUCUGACAAGACUGGAGUUGAAAUGUUUACAAUUGGAGAUCAUAUCCUUGGGAUUCAAGGCCAUCCGGAGUACUCCAAAGACAUUUUAAAUAAUCUUAUAGAUCGUCUUCUAAAUCAAGACUGCAUCGAGAGUGGAUUGGCCGAAGAUGCGAGGUCAAAGCUGGAAAAUGCAGAGCCGGAUAGAAAGUGUUGGCAACAAAUUUGCAAAACAUUCCUUAAGGGUUCAUUGAAUGCAUAUCCAAGUAUUGAAGAAUAAGUUAUGUAAUAAUUUAUUGACCUUUAUGAGGUCGAGAAAAACCUCAUACUCUCUUGCAACUCUGCCUUUUUACAAGAUGUAGAUAACACAUAAAACGUGUGUCUGUUGAAUAAAUUUAUUUUCAGUAUAUAUAAUAGGUGAAAUAAUUAACAUUUGAAUAAAAUGUAUUUAUUAUAUGUUA